GAAAGUAAAAGCAGUUUAACAAGGGAGGGAUUGAAACUGCAUUGACAACUAGAAUGGAGUCUAACUGUCCCAUCUCGCUCAUACUAUGUGUGCUGUUCAUAGGCGGAAAUUGUUCCAUUGAAGAAACCACAGUCCUAAAACUACCCUGUUUAUAUGGAAGUCCACAGCACAAUCUGCUGGAUAACCAGCCUCUUACUCCAAAUACAGCCUGGGUAGUGCUAGCAGGUGGACAGGACCGUAAGGUGGAGAAUUUAGAUUUUGAAGGCAUCGUAUUUAUUUUAAAAGAUUCGCCAGUAAAUCUGACACCGUUUUUAAAGUGGGGUUUAGAAGACAUAAAAUGUGAUCUCACACCGUAUUUCACAGCUGACACACAGAUUCUAUGGCCGGGCGUGACAAAUACAGAUAAUGGAGUUGAUUCUUGGUAUAUCUACACAGUAAAGCACAAUGGUGGAAAAUUUAGCGCUGCAACAUUUUUCACAAAACUUUCAGAGACACCAGAGAAGAAAGAAGAUGACAAACAUCAUGUGUUAGCUACUUUCAUGUUAAGCACCAGGACUCCUCGUGUCUAUGCAAGACUAAUGGACAGUGCACUCCUGGAUUGUGCAUUCACUGUGGAUCACCGGGCGAACGUCUCAGUGACUUGGAAUUACCGAGGUAGAGGAAGUCAAGAAGGCAAAAUUAUUUUUUACAAUGGAUCCACAAAAAAACUGCAGUAUAACUGGAAAGGAGUUUCCAUGCAAGUAGAAGAAUUAGAGAACGGAUAUGCCUCGCUACUUCUCAGAAAUGUAGCUUUGAAAACUGAAGGACUCUUCAUCUGCACUGUGUCUGUAGCUUCUCUUUUCGCAGAGCAGCAGAUUCAUCUUCAAAUCAGAGAAAGACCCAACGUUAAACUAAAUGUGGACUCAGUAGUGACUCUGAAAGAAGGAGAUGAGCGGAAGUUUCUUUGCGAUGCCUCCAAUUACUAUCCACUGGAUGUCAAUAUGGAAUGGCUGCGUGAGCUCCCGAGUACCGGACUGUUACCAUCUUUAAUGUUGAAUGUCAUCUACAGCAGCCACAGGAAAAAUCAUAAUGGGACUUACAGCCUUUCUGGUUCCUUCCUGUACAAAGCUUCCCUCCAAGACAAUGGUGUUACAUUCACUUGCCGUGUGGAACAUGAAAGUCUCAAGAAACCAAUCCGAAAUAGUGUGACGCUUAUAGUAUUACCUAAUGAUGAUUCUCCUGUUUGGAUGCUUGCACUAGUCGUCUUCCUGGUUCUUCUUCUUUUGUACUGCGUGAGAAUAUACUGUAGAGGAUGCGUCCCUGUUACCAUGACACCGAGGAUGUUGCGCUGCAAUGACGCCGUACGUGAGUGCCGUUUGCAUGCUACGAUAAGUUGGUUGUUGUUUUGGGACUAUUUUAGGAGAGAAAUACAAACAAGAGGAAGCCAUAUUAAGGAGCAGUGGAAACAUAGUUAAGAGGUGUCCUCAGUAAGGAAACAAGCAAGACAUGCAUCUAACAUCUUUUCAGAAGAAGUGGAAAGUUUUAAAAGUGGGAAAAUGCAUCUUGUACAGUAGGAUGUUCCUAAAUGAGUUUCCCUCCAGUUAGAAAAGGCACCAUAACCACUACAACCCUGAAAAACAUGUG